AUGUUAAAGCUGCCUAUAGAAAAUUCUGAAAUGUGCUGCUCUAAUGAAAAAGUUGGUUUGGCUAAGCCCAUUAUUCUACCAUUACUGCUACAACUUUAUUUUAACCAAGAUGAUGUCACUAGAGAAUUUUGUUAUAAAAUACGUCUUUACAAUUCAGCAUUCAUCUUUACUUCUCUAGGUGUUAAUUUAGAUCGUAAUCUUGCUAACGCUAGAAAGAGCAUUUACACCUUUCGAGUUCAAGUAAAUAUGAAAAAUUUAGUAGUAAGGCUCCAUACUAAUAUCCAUGGUCUUGAUCAAAGAACUCAAAAUGCACCUACUGCAUCUCAAGUUCAAAGGUGGGCUCCUUGUCAAAUUCUAUACAGAAACAUCACCAUUAAGCAUGAACAAGUUGAAUCUGAUGAAAAUGAGAUUAACUACGAUGAUGAAGAACCUGAUGAUAACAAUUCUACUUUUAUACGAUGUAGAAAAUUUGUAAGCGCAAUAGAAUAUUAUGCAUAUCAGCUUCAAAUUUGGCCUCAGUGCACAAACAUACUAUUACAAACGGAAGACUUUUCUAGCAAUAUAUGUUGA